CACGUGACGACGAAAAAAAUCGGUCUUCUGCCGCCAUUUUGGAAAGAGGAGAUUGCCACCCCUUUAUUAUUUAUUCAGUAAGGUGUCAAAACAACAUUUUCAAGCUUGUGGGUCAAACUACUGACCCCCUUCAAUACUGUCUGGAGGUUAGAUCUUCCUUUCAAUCUAACAAUGUCUGGUCAAAGUAUAAUGGACCGCGUUCAAGCGGCCAGGCAUAGCAUCGCCGGUCAAGGUUUGGCUAAGUCUGUUUGCAAAGCGACAACCGAGGAAAUUAUCGGACCUAAGAAAAAACAUUUGGAUUAUCUGAUCCAGUGUACGAAUGAGCCGAACGUGUCCAUACCUCAGUUGGCUGAUCUGCUCAUUGAGCGGACGCAACACGCCAACUGGAUUGUCGUCUUCAAGUCUCUCAUCACCAUCCACAACAUGAUGAACUACGGUAAUGAGAGGCUCACUCAGUAUCUGGCCUCCAAUAACUGCACAUUUCAGCUGGGAAACUUCAUUGACAAAGCAGGAAUGCAAGGUUAUGACAUGUCAACAUUUAUCAGAAGAUAUGCAAAAUAUUUAAAUGAAAAGGCUGCCUCCUACAGGACGAUGGCUUUUGACUUUUGCAAAGUCAAGAGAGGGAAGGAUGAUGGUCUGCUCAGAACAAUGAAUGCAGAUAAGUUAUUGAAGACAUUGCCAGUUUUACAGCAACAGUUGAAUGCUUUAUUAGAAUUUGAUUGCACACCUAAUGAACUGACCAAUGGAGUAAUUAAUGCCUGUUUUAUGCUGCUUUUUAAAGACCUUAUUCGUCUGUUUGCUUGUUACAAUGAUGGCAUCAUUAACUUAUUAGAAAAAUACUUUGACAUGAAUAAAAAGCAGUGCAAGGACAGUUUAGACAUUUACAAAAAAUUCCUGGUCAGCAUGGACAAAGUGUCUGAGUUUCUCAAAGUUGCAGAGAAUGUUGGCAUUGACCGUGGUGAUAUUCCUGACCUAGCCAAGGGUAUGAAGAACAAUGUAAACAGUGCUCCUGCCAGUUUGCUGGACGCGCUAGAACAGCACUUGCAGCAGUUGGAGGGAAAGAAGGGAGUGACAACUCCUACAGGAACCGCAAAACCGGCCGGCUUCUCGACAGCACUCAACACGAUAACCAACAACAGCAACGCGUUUGACGUGAGUGAGGAGGAGAAGAAGAGAAUCCUCGACGAGGAGAACCGCAGACUACAGCAACUGAAGGUAGAACAACGGAUCAAGGAACUCCAGACAACCAGCACCACCUCACCGACCCAGACAGCGCCGGUACAGAGCAACCCGUUUGCCCCGCCCGCCAGUACGACGACGAGCAGUACACCCAAGUCAUCCAACCUGUUCACACCAGCAUCACCGACGGCAGCCAAUAAUGCUCUCACCAACGGGACCAAACCUAGUGACGACCUGCUGGGGCUCUCGGAAAACCCCUUUCAGCAGAACAUAGAGAACGUCAUGGCAACGGCCUACACCACAUCCAGCAAUCCUUUUGUGUCAAGUACAAACACAGCCUGGAAUGCAGGGUCAAAUUUCGACAGCAAUGAAGUAGAUUUUUCAAAGGCAUUCGACAAUGCAAACUCUACUCCUGCAGCUGGCUUGGACCUCUCACCGUCUCCUGGUGCGGUGAUGCACCCCUCCAUCUUGAGCACUGCACAAGGUUUGUUUUUCCCACAACCAUUUUCAAUGGGAUUCGAUGCGUUUGGUGAAGUGUUGCAGCCGGCCAAUGCCCGGUUGACCGCUAGUCAGGCCCAACAGAACCAGGACACGGCUAACCUGCUGGACAAAGACAUCAACACGAGUCUGACAAAAAUAGCUGGCAACCUGCACAUAGGGGGACCGGCCAACCAGGUCAAAAAAGCUGAACACAACUGGCAGCCUAAAGGUGAACAGAAACUGACGGGCGGCCAGAACUGGCAGCCGACCCCAGCAAUAGGAGCGACCACGGUGUGGGGCCAGCAGCCGCAGUAUGCUCCACAACCCAUGGCUCCGAUGGGCAUGGCCCCUAGGAUGGCGUACCCACAGCCAGUGGGAGUUCCAAUGGUCCAGCCGAUGGCGCAGCCAGCUAUGAUGGGCAUGCCCGGUGUUCGUCCAAUGGGAAUGGUUGCCCAGCCAGCGAUGUAUGGUGCCGUGCCACAGCCAAUGGGAUACCAGCAGCCAGCUCCUCACCUGGCACAGACAAAUAAACCCAAUGAUCCGUUUGGGGCAUUGUGAGGGUACCAGGAAAGAUGAACAUAUUUGUUAUCAGGAAUCUGUGGCUGUUGAGUUAUCUGCCCAUUAAUGACGGUGCAAUAUUGGGCAGGCAAUGAAUGUUGAAUUACUUUCUGUUGCGACAGAUUCUCUUUUCACUGUUAUUUUGUACAUAUGUGAUAGAAGAAUAAAUUCACUGACCACUUGUGUUAUGGUACAGUUAGCUGAUUUACCAUGACUGCUUUGUUGAAUACAUUUCCACGUAGCCCAGGUUAUUUAGCCCUGAACGUAACAUUAGUUGAUUUAUCAAGGCUACAUUGUUGUAGAUGUAGCCUGGUCCGAGCACUUGGGACUGUUGUAAACAGAGAUGGGAGCAUGAUAGUUACAAGCAGUGUCAUCAUGGUGCCAAGUUGUUUCUGUAAACCUACCUUACUAGACCUACAUUUAGCAUUAGUGUCUAACGUAUUUGUGAUGCAUGUUAUUUUGUUUUUGACCAGGUAGAAAUAAUUAUCUUUGUAAACAGUAUUAGAUGGGGGAAAGCUGGUUGUAUUGAAAGCAUAUAUAGUACCAGUGUGCUAGCAAUAUUAGGUAGAUUUUAAAAUAAAUCUAUAAUGUAUUGUGUAUUACUAUAGAUGGUUGUACGUAUUUAAACAUAUAGAACAUAUAAUGUUGAAGUUCUCAGUUAGGGACUUUUGAUGAUUGGAAGAGAAUUAUAUUUAGCUUAAUUAUAAUAUAUCACAUCUACCUGUUGGUCAACUCACAAGAGGUUAUUUCCAUCUGUGUAACAGCUGUUAUAUUUAGAUGUUUGAAUGGGUUAAAAACAAAAUAAUAAUCCUUUGCAGCCAUAAUUGUGUAUAUUUUGUCUUUAGUAUCAAGUCGAUCAGCAUCUGUCAUGUGUUAAUGAAAUGUACUUUCACAUUUGUUACAGAAAAAAGCUCCCUUUUGAAAUUGCUUUGUAAUGCUGAAGUAUUUCCAUUGUCAAAAUAGUAACCCUAGUCACCAGUUUUGAAAUGUAUUUACUGUAAUGUUAACAGUUUGGCUUUAUUAGCAGAUGUGUUAUGAAUGUGAUAGUUGGCAAACAUAGUUAAUCAUAACUUAAAAUAAGAAUUGGUCUCAAUUUUAUUUAAUAUAUAAAAUAUUGGUGAAAUAAAACAUUGCUUAACAAGUCGGUUUAUGUGAUGGAAGCAUUAGUACUGAACAACAUUGAUUGAAGCUAGACUUGGUGUUGAAAAUUAGUUCAACCUCAGUUCAGACCAUCAGCUGGCCGGACAUUUUCUUCAUCUAUUGAUUUAAAAGUUUCUGAUCCAUAAUCAUUUGUCUUCUGUUUAUGUUGUGUUUCCUUCAUUUGGUGGAUUCACUUCAGGCAUUUCCGUGAUUCAGUCAUGGUCACAUUUCUUUGAUAUAUUGGAUUAGAUGCUUCCUUGAUAUUAUAAGAAUUGACUAGUUAAAAACAGCAUGUAUUGCUGUAUAAAUGAUCAUUAGUGCUUGAAAGAAAGGACUAGUUGAAAACAAGAAGUAUCAGAACAUGAAUUACUGUCAGUGCUUGCACAAUGUUUUCGAGGGCAUGUUGAGAAGUUGUUGACAGAACAUCCAAACAAACAAUGUAGCUUUCAGCUGUUCAGAUGGUAAUGGUGCAAAAAAUGUUUUCAAAUUCAUCAUUGGACCAUUUAAAUGAAGCUAAACUUGAAUUGUUAUUACUAGAAACGGUAAACUACAACAGUGAAUGCUUACUUAGAUUGCUGAAUUGGGUUCAAGAUAUGCUGAAUAUAUCCUCUAUUAGUAUUUGUAUCCCAUAAUGGUAGCCAUAUUGGAUAAGCUGGGUUAGUUUUUCAUUUAUGAUCCUCCUCUUGACAUUUGAAAUCUGCAGUGUUACGAGGGUGGGACAACCCAGUAUGUGAUUGAGAACAUCUCUAAAGAUGGCCUCAGACCAUCUGGACUGUUACAGGAAUUGACCUGUUAGGUUUGGAUGGUUGAAACCCAUUGAAGACUUAAAUAUUAAUUUAGUAAAAAUAAAAAAUAAAAUCUUAUAUACAAAUCUUAAUGUAAAAAUGAAAUCUUAUAUACAGUAUUACUAAUGUAGUGGUUAAAAAUAAAAACCAUUUUAUAUACUAAUGUAAUGAUUAAAAAAUGAACUUUAGUUUUUAUAAAACAAAAUCCAGUAAUAUAAUUUUUCACAUGACAUUUAUUGUGGUCUUAAGUUUUUAAAAGUUUCAUUGAAUGAAUUGGUAGGAGUACAAAUGGAAGAAUAGUUUUCUGUUGGUAAUUAUAGUUUGUGUGGUGUGCAUACUUCUGUAAUAUAUGCAAAAUAACAUUGUUGUAAGCAGUUAUUGUUCAUGUUAUUUAUAUCAUGCAAUAAUGUUAUUACGUUUAGCUGAAAGUAUUGUUGUUGUUUUUAUUUUGUAAGAGAAGCUUGAAUAGUCCGGUAUAGUGCUACAUGUUUCGUGCAUGGAUCACAGACUGUUUCCAUUUCACUAGGAUACGAUGUAACGUACGCCCCAUCAUGAACCAAGUUACAUUAUGUAUAUUGUAUAACCAAGUCACCAAUUCACAAAGCUAUAUUAUAGUUACUGUGUAUGAUAAUGACAAAUUUACUAGAAAUAUUCUACAUUAUAAACACUGUCACAAAUUAUGUUUGCAUUUCAUUAGGAUACAAUGUUGUAAAAUGUGAUGAAUUGCUCUUGUUCACAUAUGUAUUUAUUGAUUUACAUAAUUGUUAUUUGUCGAUGUUGAGUAUAUAUUAUAUUUAUGUACAUAUACAUAUAUGAAUAUAUGAAUAUGCAUACAGAAGACUGAGUUCCCGGGACUUGUCAUGUUAAAUGCUGAAGAGAGUGAUAUGAUUGGUGUCUAUGUUGUGUUGUUUGCUUUGUACGACAUGUAUAUAUCCGUGGGUAUCAGGGCAUCAACCUUUCACAGUGCUGUACAGACAAAUAUUUCAUUGGAUAAUACUCAACACGGUUUGGUUUUCAAUAAAAUGUACUUUUCUUCAUAUUAUAGGCAUCUUGCAUAAAUCAAAGGGAAAUGAUGUAAAACUGUUUGGGCAAAUUCCACUUCAUUAGUCUGCUGUUUUGUUGCAUGUGUGGGUGGUUUGGUUAUCACCAGUGUCUUGAUGACUUUGAUAGCAACCAGUUUGAAUGUGUACAGCUAGCUUUAGAUAGACACUAAUAGUUCCAUUUCUUAAGGUCACAACUUAAUUCAACAUCAAUUUUUUUUUUAAUUGACAAACCUAGGACUUUUUUAAUUUGGUUUUGUUUGUUUUACAAUCUUUAUAAUUUUCAAAUACUUUAUAAUUUUUCUAUGCCACAGGUUAUUGUAAUUUUGAGAAUCUACUGAAGGUGUGUUGAGCUAACCUAAAUGCACGCCCCCUGUUAACGGUUUCUGGGAGGAAUGUAUGCUCCUUAAUUCCAUGUUUAUUAUCAACACUGAUUACUGUGAGGCGUUGUGGAAGUGUCACAUAAAGCAAUGUCGUUACUCCUGGUAAAAAAAAUGGCAGAUUUUUGGUUGUGUGUUGUGAAUUCUGCAAAUAAAGCUUUCUGUAUUUCUUCCUUGAAAUAUGUAAUAAAUUGAUGAUUGAUGUGGCAGACUUCUAUUCUGGUUGAAGAUCUCUGUCUGGGCAUUCUAAUUUCGUGCGAAAAUGGUAGCUUGUAACUGGUCAAAGAGCAUAACUUGAAAGCCUAGUAUGAAUGAGCUGAACACUUGUGGCAUGGAUAGGUUUUUCUUCAUCAGUGGGUUUCAAAUCAGUCCAGGUUGUUAGUCAAUUAACAUCGUUUAUCGGCUGUCUGCAGUUUUGUACUAAUUGUUAACAAUGUUUUCUUAGUGAGAAAUGAAACUGUAAACAAAGAGUUGUAGUUAGCAAUGAAGGAGAGGAAGAUGAUCUCUUUGUUGAUUGAUGUGUACGUGUAAAUAUUGCAUUUUACAUCGGGAAUUGUAAUCAGUUUAAUUAGAACUUGUAAUCAGAUCGUCACAAUAGUAUUUGCAUUGGCCGACUAUACUUUGUAAAAUACUUAAAAUCUAUUUCAGCAAAACAGAUGUUUUUGCAAGUUUUCUUUAAUCUGUGGGUACUGUUAGUGAAAAACCAGCCCACUUAGAAUGUAUUUGGUUGUUGAUAGUGUAAAGCAAACAGGGGUGUCUAGCUAUUAAAGUGUGUGUAGAUAUUCACAUCAGUGUUGGCUUCUCUGUCUCUGCAGUCAUUACACAAGCCUCAAGAAUAUUUGUUGUUGUGCAUCAUGUGCGAUGUAUACUGUGAUUAGAGCAAAUAUCACAAAUAUAGAGAAAACCCUGUCCAAACGGUAAAUAAAUAAUAAAACAUA